ACGGUAGACUGGCUGCGGAGAGCCGCUCCAGGAAAUACGUCAGCGAACUUUGGCAGAUACCGAUUCCACCCUUGGCGUUAGUACGUUCUUGAGGCAUCCGGCAUCCUAAACUACCAGUUCGUCACUUGAUUGAAUUUUUGAGUUGAGCCGAAAUUGCCGAUUUCCAGGAAGUCUGAUCAACUUAAAGUGACCAAAUUAUUUUUGACUGCUACAAGUCAGUCGCUAUGAGUUCGGUAUCAGUGCAGCUGCAGCGAAAUGACUUUCAUGAGCCCUGGGGAUUUCGUAUGCAGGGCGGAAAGGAUUUUCGUCUUCCACUGUCGGUGAAAAAGGUUGGAAUCAACUCCCCCGCUGCCCGUGCCAGAUUGGAUGCCGGGGAUGCCAUCGUCUCAAUCGCCGGGAAAGACACUAGGAACAUGACACACAUGCAAGCUCAACAGCUCAUUAAGAAUGCCGGAAACACCAUCUCAUUAACGUUACAAAAGGGAGCUUGCCAAUCAUUAGCCAAGGCCAUGAAACCUACAGGUCCCGUCAAGUUCUCCGUCUCCAGGGCUCAAAACUACAUGGCGUCCCCUGCUUACCAAGGCCCUACAUCGCCGGGUUACUCGCCACAGCCACAACAGCAGCAGUAUCAGUACCAACACUACCAGCAGCAACAAUACCAGCAACCCCAGUACCAGCAACAGCCCCAAUACCAACAAUACCAACCACAUCCCCAAUACCAACAGGAAUAUUAUGCAACCAGCUAUUAGGAUGGAUACGCUGUUAGGGGGUAGUAGGCUCUUACCAUUUUAUAUAUCGGAUAAACAAGCAGUUUAACGCGCAGGAGUGAAAAUACAAAGUGCUAGAGUUGCACAGUUGGUGAUUUUUUAAAAACUUUGUCUUACUUAUCUCUAUUGUACUUGAACUGACAUCUCAUAACGUGAGAAUUUCAGAGCCUUUAUACCAUAUUGUUUUACCUAGAGUUGUCUCAGAAGUGCAACAAUAGAAGCCAAGGUACGCAAGAUGGAUUAUCAAAACGGAUUCCGUAGCUGGAAGGAACGCUUUAUAAACAUUUUUCUCUUUUAACGACAUGACAGGAGGCAAGUGCUGAAGACGUCUGUGAAGUUUAAGUCCUUAUUUUCAUAGGGAAGGUAACACUUUCGAGUCCUUAUAUCAAGUGUGAUACUUUGGAUUGCUUUCUACAAGAAUGUCUCUUUUAGUACUUCAUUUUAUCCAUUUGUCUCUGGUUCAAAAUAUAUAAUGCUGGGAAAAUGUGCAAUGCUGAUACGUAGCAUCGUAAUAAAACAACUACC